UCUUCGCAAUGCCGGUUCUUGAUGUCCGCUCUAGCCUCAAUUUAACUAUCAGAUUUACCUUCAAACUUUGCGCAAUUUUUAGCGGUAUUAAGCCAAAAUAAGCUGUUGAAGUCUUCCAUUAAAACGCACUAAAUAUGUUGUAUUUAGAAAGUGUUAACGUUAUGCAUUCACGAAGAAUUGGAAUCUGUGCGGCUGUAGUUUGUUGUCAUUCAAUACUACGCGUGCUUACCCCGAAACGGGAGUUCAGUGCUCGGGUGUGAAUCUUGAGCGCUCGUAGGCUGUAGACAAUGCUGCGCGCUAAUCGACUAAACAGGUUAUCGUCAAGGCAGUUCUACUACAAAAUAAAGAUCAAUUCUUCGGAGAAAAAUAUUUGUGAAAGAAUUCAAUUACGAAAACCGUAAGAUAGGAGAAGAAAUGAAGCCGAAUCAAAUUUUUUGAUGAUACGUGGACUGUCACGUAAUAUCAAUUUGAGUAAUAGCAAUGGCGUCUUCAACAAAGACCGGAACACUUGACAUAGAACGACCAACAACGAUGUAUCAGGGGAAAAAUAUUCAUUCUUCGCCUGUGGACGGCAAGUUACUUUGUAGCUUCAGUGAGAAGACGUGUAUGCAGCGUCGUUUAAAUCAUUAUGCUUUCUGUAUUCGACAUGUAUUAGAGGAUAAAAAUUCGCCUUUCAAACAGUGUAAAUUUGUUGCCAAAUACAAUGGCCAACGUUGCACGAACGCUAUUCCUUUAAAAGAAGAACGAAUAUACUGCAAUAGUCAUCUACAGGUUUUAGGACUUGUUCCAAAAAAGUCCCGCAAGAAAAAACAUACUGAAUCUAACACAGGCACAGGCAAAAACUCACUAAACUCUUCUGUAAUGGAAACUUCUCAAAUAACUUGUAAUUCAACAUCAAAAAGUACUUCUUCAAUGAAACGAAAAGAAAAAUGCAAUGAAAGUUUGGAGCAUACUAAAUUUUCACCACCAAAUUUUUGGAAAGCAAAAGUGAUGACAUCUCAUUGUUCACUUUCAAAUCGUAUUAAUACAUCACGAAAGAUCACCAACACAAGAAAUUUGCUUCCUUUUUAUGGUGUUGGAUUUAGCUCUGAUGAAGAAAUGUCCGAUGAUGAUUUCCUUAAUGAAACCAUUGAUCUUAAGUCUUCAAAUACAUUUUCUGUCAAAAGGACCCAGGUCAACAAAUGCGAAUCACAUAAAGAAAAAUUAAAACAGUUGCGAGAAAAUUUGAAUUAUGAAUAUGUCAAGAUUAAAAAGUCUAUUGAUGCACAAUUUAAUGAGAAGAAGCAAUCUGACAAAGCUCACAGGUUACUUGCUAUUGCUGUGAAAAGCCAUCUUUCUCCUAUAUCCGCUGAUUCUACAGAAAAUAACUCAUCUUUAAGUUUUUCCUUAAGAUCUAGAAAACGACCUCUUUCAUUGGAAAAGAAUUAUAUUCGUUGUACGGCCGAAAUUUCGGGAAAAAGAAUAUGUAAACGACGUUCUCUUCCUUAUACGAAGUAUUGCUUUUAUCACAUAUUGAACGAUUCAAGGCAGAAACUGUUUCAGGAAUGCUGUGCUGAUAUCACAGGUGGUUUGAAAUGUUCACGACCCUCGUUGGAUGUGCUGUAUGGUAAACCACUGUGUUUUGAACAUUCCAAAGGAAAGAAACCCGAAGAACGUUUGGACUGUGUCGAGGCAAACGCUCUUACUACGCAGACUACUGGUCGAAAACAACUUGCAAAGAAAACCAAGCGAAAACCGCAGCAAAAAGUGAUUCCUGGAACUAAAGCUGUUAAGAAUCAACGCAGAGCCCCGAAGAAAGAUAAUAUUAGGACUAACAGUCUUCCCAGAAAAACGAACACUAAUCUGAUAUUUGAUAAAGUGAAGCAAGGUAUUUCCUUUGAGCAAACUGUAAAUCAUGAUAGUUUAGAAAAGUCUUUUUUUCCAAGAAGAGACAUGGAGAGAGAGCGCCAUCAUCAUGCUGCUCUAUACUCGUUAAAUGGCGCUUGCCAAUUGGAUCAACUUUCUUCGAAUGAAAAGAGCAUUUUUGAAAGAGAUGACUUCAAACGUGAAGAAAUGUUUGAUGGAAGUGACAUGGAUGCUGAUGAUACUUUAGAGAAUGAUGAUUUAUCAGAAGACAUUAGCGACAUAUCUACGACUGCAAUUCUCCGUGAACCAGUUCUGCCUCCGGAAAGUCCAGUUCAUAAUGUUGCUUCAUCUCUUCAAAACUCGCAUGAAGAAACAUUUGCUAUGAAUGCCUUCUCUGACGAUAGAUUUCAUAAACCAAUGAAAAGGAACAAUCUGAAUCUUUCUAGGAAAGAUAACUUGUUCACAAAUGACUUUUCCUCCAGAUUGGACAGUAAGAACACAUUAGACAGACCUCCGCGUACCACUGUUAUCACUUUACCAAAGUAUCCUAGUUCCUCGUCUGUGAAUCAGCCUCCUCUUAGACAAACCUCGCUUGGAUUAAAUGCAGAUUAUCCUGGAUUUAAGCCUAUCGGUCCUGGUAUUAUUAAAUCGGGUGCAUUGACGACGAAACGGUUAGAUUCUAGACCUGUUGACAUAAACCAUGGAGUACAAUUACUUCCCAUGCCUUACGAUCCUGUACUGAACUCUUCCGUUACUUGGGGAACUGGAAAUAAGAUGUUAAUAAAUAGCCGAACACGACCAUUGUUUAUGACCUCUCAAAUGAAUCCCGUAACCUUUUCCCCUCCGUCUGUCUCUCCUCAAAUCAAUCUUGGUAGCGCAUUUAAUUUUGAUCGUCCCAGCGUUUUACAACAUUCAAAUAGUCCAUCUCCAACAUUGAGUCCUUUCUCUACUCAAAUACCCAGUUCUCCACACGGAAAACCUCGAAUAUUGCGAACGGAAAGUCGUGGUGGCUCCAACGAAAUGCAUGAUUUAUUUUUUGGGACAUCUUUUGAAAAACCAUGAUAGCUGCGUAAAUUUAAAAAAUAGCAUGUAAUGCAUGUUCGCCGAAAAGGUUGUCAACAUGUCAUCUCUAAAGGUUAUAAAGCAACACUGCGGCUUUGUACAAAGUUUAAACUUCGACUUCUGGUCUAACUAUUCACCUGUAUUGCUAUGUAAAAAGUGGAAUGUGAAUAAUGUGUCAUAAAUGAAGUCGUAUUUUUCUUUGCCUGUCGUAUGUUGAUGUUACCUGCAUACUUGAUGUGAGUUGUGCAAACAUCACCUCCGGGAUCACUACGUGGAUUACCAAAUUAAUAACAUGUGCGCCAUGUUAAUUUUGCACAGCAGCAAGUCUGGAAAAUGUACAAAAACGCCAGCUUUGUAAAUAAUUACGUGCAAUGAUAUGUGUUUAGAAUAUUUUAUAUAAAUAUUGACUCCAGAAAAACGGGAGGCUUUUUGUAAAA